UUUACCACAGCAACAAAGCGAGUGUGCAGCUAAUGCUAAUGCCUGCAGCUAUAGCACCAAAGCCGAAGCAACAACAGCAACAAAUACUGCCACAAAGGCCAGGGCCAGGGCAGGUGCAACAGUCGCACAGGAAACACAGGACAAAGGCAGCGGCAACAGCAGCGGCAACGGCAACGGCAACGUUAACACGUACAGAAACGUAAAAACUGACAACGAAACCUAAGCAACGAGCAUGACGUCGUCGUCGGUGAUUAAUAAAGCCGGAAAUGUGAUUGUACUCAUAGUGAACCUUCAGCUAACAUGGCUAGUGUUGGCCGUGGCAAGGGAGCUGCCACAGGUGGACUACGGCAGCAUGUCCGACUCCAUGGAGGAAGCUGGGAUGAGCAUUGACCCACUGACUGCUAUGGCGCCCUUCGCCAACGCCCCCCUGGUCACUGAGGACAGCGCCCCACACAGAACCAAUAUCGAGCUGCUCAGCAAUAGCAGCGAGGACGAGAAUGGGAGGAUUGGGCUAGGCUCCUCCUCGGCAGCAGCGGCAGGCACGCUUCUGGAGGAGUUCAACGGCGGCAAGCUCAGUCCCGCAGAAGCCAGCAACACGCUGCCCAUUUUUCUCAGCGAGCCGGAGAGCGUGUUUGUGGUGAAGAAUCGUCCGGCGGUGCUCAAGUGCAAGGCCUCCCACUCGCUGCAGGUGAUCUUCAAGUGCAGCGGCAGCUCCCAGCCUCCGCCGUCGACGCAUGACAAGCACGUCGAUCCACACACGGGCGUCCACAUGGAAGAGGUCACGGCCACCAUUCACCGUGAUCUGGUCGACGAGUACUUUGGCAAGGGUCCGUUCAAGUGCGAGUGCCACGCUUGGUCGUCCCGUGGCGUGGUGAAGAGUCAAGCCGCCACAGUUCACAUUGCAUAUAUACGCAAGACCUUCGGCCAGUCACCCACAUCGCUGCGGCUCGAGCUGGGCAGUCGGGCGGAACUGCACUGUGAGCCACCCGGAGGCUUCCCGGAGCCGAAGCUCUCCUGGUACAAGAGCAACGCGGUAAUAACCUCCGACAGCGAGCCGGGGCUGGCCGUGGCUGGCGGCACACUGACCUUCCGCCCGGUGGCGCUGCAACACAUGGCCAAUUACAGCUGCAGUGCGGAGAACAUUGCGGGAAAGCGGGUCUCCGACUCCGCUGUGCUGAUUGUCUACGUGAAUGGAGGCUGGAGCACCUGGAGUCCUUGGCGCGAGUGCAAGUGCGCGGGCAAGCCGAGCCAGGGACGAAAGCGGUCGCGCACCUGCACCAAUCCAAUGCCCUUAAAUGGGGGCGCCCAGUGUCCAGGCCCCCAGAUACAGAAAUCUGCGGACUGCGCCGCCUGCCCAGAGGAUACUCAAAUCGUGAGCACUGAUGGAUUUGACAUUUCGUCGAGUAAGCGCAUGGCCCGCUGGUCCGCGUGGAGCGACUGGAGCAUCUGCUCCGCGGAGUGUAUUCAAGUGCGUCGCAGAAAGUGCCUCACCCAGACGUCUGACGGCGACGAAGCCGGGGAUCUGCUCCUGGCUGGAGUGGGCAUGGCAGCCCUCAGCAGCAUCAGCGGAAGCGCAACUCUGCUGGAUGCUACUGCGACUGACGGUGGCUCAGGAUAUGGCAAAUCAUUGUGCGCCGGAAAAGACACACAAACGGCAGAGUGCCGUGGAGAGCAGUGUCAUAUUGGCAAGGAUGAUUUCGAUUGGACACUCUAUCUAGGACUGGCCUUCAUAACCGCCGUUUUCUUUGCCUUUGGCGCAGCUCUCAUUUGCUGUGCCCGCCGCGGGAUGCGCGCCAAUCCUCACUACAACAUGGCCCGCUCAGUCAUGGAUGCGGAUUAUAUGCCCGGCGUUGUGGAAAAAAAGGAGAUGCGAAUGCACAUCGAGGCCAGUAAUUUGGGAUAUGAUUAUGUCAAUCCUGGACAUCGUUAUAUGCCUGGCGAGCACAUUGUGGGCAUGGGCAUGGGCUGCGGCGGUGUAACAGAGCAUCACUACGAUGUGCCCAACCUGGCUGCCAAUUACACCAACCCCAUAGACGAUCUUAGUGCUGAUUAUUUGUCAGAAACCGGAGAGUCAUCCACUGCCGAUACAUCCAAUUCCACCUUCGAUAUGAACGCCAAGCUAUCCCUACUGAAUGCCUCGAAGAGCAGCAGCUACGAGCUCCUUGGCAGCACAGGAGGACAGCUGCGUCUAUAUGGCGGGGAGCUAUUGCUCUUUGUGCCCGAGCAUGCGAUUGGAAAGAACCUGAAGAAGCACGUCUCGCUGCUGCUUCUGAGCGACGAGUGCAGCCGCGUGUCCUGUGCCACCGAGAGCUCCAUUUUGUGCAGCAGCGUGGUGCAUAGUGCACCGCGCAACUAUAGCUUUGUGAAGCCCGUGAUCCUGAAAAUACCGCACUGCUUGGUGGCUCCGGAGCAGUGGCAUGUUCACAUCUAUCAUGCAGACAGCGAGCACGACGAGCUAAAUGUCAGCUGGCGACGAGCGGUGUCAGUGGGAGAAGAAACCAUUAACACGCCCAUGUUCGUGCAGCUGGAGACGACGCAUGUGUACAUCAUGACGGAGCAACUGGGCCAUUUCGCCAUCGUUGCAGAGCCACGAAUUCAGCAGCCCGCUAUUAAGAUGAAGUUGCUGGUUUUCAGCCAGCACACUCCGCCCAGCAGUGCCAACUGCAGUCUGCGAAUCUACGUGGUCAAGGACUUGCCCAACAGCAAGGACAUCUGCGUUAGUGUGGAAUGUAAGCUGGGCGGCAGCUUUCUGGGGGAGAGUCAGGUGUUUGCGUUCGAGCUGAACAGCCGCAAUCUGAACAUUCGCGUACGGUGCGCGGAAAUGGAGGCAGGUGCUCCGUAUGAACAUGCCAUUCCCUACCAUCACAUUCUGAGCAACAACUCCAUACUACACUGCGAGUUUAGCAUGCGACGGCUGGAUCAGAGUACGCUGUGCGUGGACUUUGGCCAAGGCGGCAAGGAUGACUCGGACUACUGUACUUUUAACAUUCCAACCCACUCGAUGAGCGGUUCUGCGGAAGAGCUUGCAUCUACCACAAAUACAACGAUUUCCAUUGAUCGCCAGGGAAACUACGUCAAUGAGAGUUGCGUGAUGGACUUUGUCCAGCUACCGCAUAUGACAAAGCGCCUGAUCUGUGCCGCACUCGAUCCUCCGCGUGCCGACGAACGCGACUGGCGUCUCCUUGCGAAGAAGCUGAACACUGAUCGGUAUAUUGCCUAUUUUGCCACCAAGCCCUCGCCCACCGAGCAGAUUCUCAAUCUGUGGGAAUGUCGAGCCAACAGCUGCUCCACCAACAGUUCCACUUCAGUUUCCCAUACGAUUAUGGCACUCCUGCUGACGUUGAAGGAAAUGGGACGUCAAGACGUCUUGGACAUUAUAGUGGAAACGAUUGGUCCCCUGUGGAUCUAAUGGGUAUCCACACUCCAACCAGUGUUGAAAGGAAUGCGAAUAAGAAAGCGGCAAACUAAACGAUACACUCUUCCUGAUUUCACCAGGUUUUCCAAGAACAUUAACACACAAGAACUGAACCGAACCAUCUAUAAUGUUUGUUAAUAUGAAAUCACUGUGAAUGGGGAUACAGCUGUGUUGUCCGUUUAGCUUUCUGUUGAAAACAAAAAUGUUCAUGAGUUGCCUUUUAUUUAAAAAAUGUACGAACGAAGCGAAACGAAAUCAGAAAACAUGAAUCGAAAUGAAAAUACUGAAUCAAAGUGUAGAUGUAGUCACACGAGUAGUUAUAGUCCCUAAGCUACGAGUAUUGUAGUGUUCUAUUCUAAGGUAACUGCUCAACGAACUCUGUUCCCCACGGGUGCCAUGCAUUUAAUAUAUGACUAAGAGGUGGAAAUAUAGCGAUAAAUUACUUGUGGCUUAGCAAACUUAUAGUUUUAAACAUAAACUCUAGUAUUACGAUGGAAACUAUGUACGAUAGCAACUGUAAGAUAUACUACACAUACAAGUAUGUAUGUAUCUCUGGCAGUACGACUAAGUGAUGGCCGUAUAUAGACAACCUCCGCACGAAUUUAAAUGUGGAGUUGUGAACUGUUUGCCAAAUCGUUGAUUUUCUCAGCCCGCUCUAUUAACGUAUAGUCACUAUGGAAGAACAGAAUUAAGUACUCAAAACGAUGCCAUAGCACACAUGCAUAUACCAUACCUAUACUAUAUAAACUAUAUA